AUGCAUUCAGUGUCGACCUUGAAUGUUGCGCUUUGCUCGCUGCUUCUCGCAGCUUUCGGCCCCGGAGCCCAAGCGAAGCUCCAUAACUCUGCUGUCUGUGUGACUGGAAGAACGGAGGCGCCUAUUGGAGGUACUGGGUGGAGCGUCAGCUACAACUGGCAAAAGAACUACGAGAUCGACAUCACUGCCUCGAAGUGCGCCUGCGAUCAUUACAAAGUUCGCAACACAGGCGACAAGCAGUGGGACAAGUGUGAGGACUGCACAUUUGAUGGACUUCAAUGCAAUUCAGCUGCCUGGCAUAUCGGUGGUGAUGAGAUGAACUACUACUGCACUGAAAAGUGUGGUGCUCAAGGCUCGGAAGCCAACUAGAGCCAUCACAAUCGAGCUCUUUUAUGUGGACACAAGUCCAGUUCACCUGUAGUAAUGCCUGGUCAUCGCGUGUUGAUCCAUAUAUUUUCAUGCAAUCUUCAAGAGUCGAUCCACAUGCUGCUUCGAUGUUCCGUGCGUGUGUGAAAAAAUGGUAACACGGUGCCGAAAUAUCAUUUUUCUAAGUACCACAUCCUGUUACGAC